AUGAUUAAUAUAGUGGAGAAAGGAAAGAGAAUCCUUCAGAAACAUUUGAAGAUUUUUGCUGCCCACGGUCUGUGUCCAAAUAAAUGUGGGCUGUUGUAUCAGAGAGUGAUGAACUGCACUUCCUGUCAGUAUGGGCUCUUUACGUGUCAGUCAGCCACGCCGCCACUAGACUGUGGAGAGCAUCAUCUUGAGGCAGAUGAAGGAGAGGAGGUGGUGCUGGACUGUUUCCUGUGCUGGCACGCUCUCGUAGUUGGGCAGACCGAGUACCAUUACUCCUGGCAUCCUGGAGAAAAGAAUCUGUCACAUGACGGAGAGUAUGAAGUGCUGGUGGUGACAAAGGAGUCUAAAAUUGUCCUCAAUCAGCUGAAAGUCAAUGAGGAAGACAUGUACCGCUGCCUCCUACAGGAUAAAAAGGGUACUACGCUGUCCCGCAUGUAUUUCAAACUGAAAGUCAACCCACUGCCAUCUACAACCCCUAGACUGAUUGUGGCUUUGCCGUCCCUGCCUUCGGGUUAUGAUACCACACUUCACGGCCUUCAGAGGAGCAGUCUCAUCAUUAUACUGAUUUUACUGACUGUACUCAGCAUCACAGGCAGCCUUGUCAUCAUAGUGAACCUCAGAGUGAGCAUGAAGUGGCAGGAGGAGGAGAGAGACCGCAGGAGAGGAGAAGAGGGGGAGGAUGUGGAGAACAUUGAGCUGAUGAGUGGAUGUGAUCCAAAGAGACACGAAUAA